AUGCAAACCUUCAUAAUAACAUACAUGUAUUUCAUCUCGUCACUGCUUCUUUGUGAUGCUAGACUGACUCUUGAAAAGAAGGUAUACGUCAAUUUGACGUCCGGUAAUGAUAACAUUCUUUCGGACUUUUCUCAGAAUUCUCACUAUACUUCCAUUGCAGCUUUAGCUUCUUCUGUGGCUGCGGGAAGCUCAGAAGACUAUAAUCCCCUGACUAAAACAGACUCUUCAAAUACCAAUACAAACACAUAUUUAGCAUCUUCUUUAGAUGGCAAUAACAACCAACAAUAUUCAUCAACCAUUCAAUAUUCACAGCUCGCCACUACCUCAACUAGUCUCCCAAUUGAAACUGUGAUUUCUUCAAUGGAUCAACAGUUUCAAUCCAAUCAACCAUCGCUAUCUGGUUCAAAGUAUACUUCAUUAACUUUCAGCGUAUCUAAAGAUUCAGCUAUCCCAUCAGUCGCUGGCACAAAAACUAUGCCACCUGCUGUAUCUUCUAUGUUCGUCCCAACAUCGACUUUAUCAGAUACCCAGGGCUCCGUUUCCGCUGAAAGUACACCUCAAUAUAUUGCUUUACCAUCUACAUUAUCCUCUGACAGAGCAAAAUCAAAAGAAAAAUUAGAUAUCUCAUCUAGAAUGGUGGAGAUAACCUCAUAUCCUUAUUCUGUCAGCUCUUCAAUGCCGGAAUCAGAGAUUAAGCUGGCUUCUUCCCUUUCAGAUAGCUCAAGUGAAACAAUAUAUACCGUCUACCCGACCGAGUUUACUCAGCUUACGCUAACAUUCUCCAUCGAUAGUUCGGCAGAAUUAGCGGAUAUAUUGACAAGUCAGGAAAGUAGCACUGUUAGUGGUACUUCUAUAGAAUCAAGUGAAAGCUCAAUGAUGUCUUCAAGUUCAUCACUGCGAUUAUCUACUACAGAUAUUAUAGAUCCUUCAUGGAUUAAAUUUUCAGCCACACGUUCUGCACUACAGUCAUCUCAAGCUUCUUCAAAUGUAGUUUCAAAUGCUCAAGAGAAGUCUUCCACUACCACUAGCAUCAACUCAGAAUCGCUCACAAAUUCAACCGGGAAAUCGGGAGUACCUGACUUAAAGUCAGACACUUUAAGCACCGCAAAGGAAAGCACAACUUCCAGCCAGCAAACAGAGCCACAUUCCAUAUCCUCACAAUCUGCAGUGUCCCAAACAAAAGUCUCGGAAAAUGUACUUGAGACGCCUUCACAAACGCUAUCCGCUAGUCUGAAACAAACAAGCACAGGUAGCUCAUCAGAUCCGCCACUAGUUCAUACUAGCACUUCACCAGUUGUGUCACAAGUGCAUGCUAGUACAUCAAUGCUAGACUCUACAUCUUCAGCAAAAUUUGCACAUUCAACUUUGAGUACUUCUUUGUUGCAAUCGAACGCUGCCAGUGAGAACAGAUAUACCUCUAGUACAUUGUUUUCAAGUAAAUAUACCCCAACAGGCGUCAAAAGUACUAAUACAAAAAUCAUUGGCCUUACUUCAUCAAAAUCGAUUAUCAUCGAAGGCAGUGAAACAUCUCAAAAUUCACGGAGUCCUUUGAGAACAGUCCAGACAUCUAGUGCAUCCACUUUCAAUAGAGACAAAACAGCGAAGUCCCAAAAUCUACUUGCAGCAACAGGAACAACCGAAUGGGAUCCACACCGAGGCACUUUCACAUUGGUUCUUUCACAAUCAUCAAUACCCCCAUCAGUCGUGACGCGAUCUAGAAAAACUUCUAUUACACAGAAACCCGCUUCUACUGGAACGCAAAAUACCAAUGACUGGUUACCAAAUUCUAUGAUCUUCGCCUCUGAUCAGUCGGAUUCUACUUUUUCAUCUUUAAAUCCAGAAAUUACUGCAACUCUACCAGCAGAAAUAGCUGCGCCUACAGAGGCAGUUCAACCCCCAAAUACAACUUUAGUAACCAUCGGGUUCAAAAAAGAAUUAAACUACAUCUUCUUAAUCGACAAUCCUUUAGCUUCUGCUCAAAUAUUUGAGUUUCUACCGUUAACUUUGUCUUAUCCGUUCCUAUUAACUCAAUAUAACGCUUCAAGCGAGGAGAUUACAAGCCUAUGUUCAAGUUCUUUAUAUUAUGAAGAUGAUGGCAGAACAAUAUUGACCACUCACGAAUCCACAACAGUAGAUUCAACACAAUUUGUUAAAAAAAUUAUGGGCCCCGCAUCAAACUUACUAACAGCACAACUGGCUUCAUCACCCUCUUCCAGCCCUACGCAAAGACCCCAUCCACGAGAGUCAUCUCCACCGCCUUUCUUUAAUAGUUCAAACGUUGUAGUUAAACACAUACUUCCAAUGAUCUCAAAUCAAAGAGAUUAUAUUGUCAGCGUGGCUGAAGUUUAUUUUCCCACAGAUACCCUAGGAAUCUUGCAAAAAUUCAUUAAUAAACCAAACUCUCCACUGUAUUCAAAUCCCUCAACCCCAUACUCCACUUUAGUUCAUUUAAUCGAUCCAUGGAUCUCUCUAACAGACCUUUUUCAGCAAAAUGGUAUGAACAAUCAAGGUAAUAAUCAAGAUGGCUCUUUAAGCUCGAACGAUUCUAGUUUCAACACAAAGACGAACCCUAGUAACUUAACAUCCACGGAAACUGAAAGAAGCGGUUCUUUAGAUUUAAACAGUGGUUAUACCAGCAAAUUCUCAAGCAAAAUCAAAGAUCGUUUGGCAAUAUUUACAACAGUGUUCCUUUUCGUAGUAUUUUUUUGGAUUUGGUUAUUCUUGGUUGCUUUCAAGCAUUGGAACAAAAGAAUUGAAAAUAAAAAAGCCAAAAAAUUAUUAAACAAAACACUUCCAACUGCCAGAUUUAACAGAGUUGAUCUAGUGACUUUGUCAACGGCCUCUUCUAUGAGUAGCUCGAGCAUUUCGCCUAACGAAAAACAAACAUAUUCCUCCUUGGAAAACCCCUUCAAAGACGGUACCACAGUUAACUCAAAAGAAGGAGUUGUCUAUGAUCAAUCCAAUGGCAUGCAAUAUACAGUUGAUUAUGAUGGUAAUUUUUACUAUUUUGGGAACAAAGAACUCUUAGAUGGUACAAACACUACCACAUUUACUGAAUAUAUGUACAAUGACAUUGAACAAGGUCAUUCGACAUACCAUGAUAACGAUUCUGCUCAUAAAACAAAAGGUAAGCUAACAACUAUCAAUACUUUCAAUAAAACCGCUGAACAUAAUGAAGAAGAAGCUGCCGCAGGGAACAUAUCAAACAUGGGUCCCACAAUAGGUAACCUAUCAGGAAAUGUCGAACAAGACUUGUGUACUACGCAGGUUGAUAAAUAUGUUUCAAACAAUUACAAUGAAAAUUUUAUGAGUGAUAGAAAAGAAGACGAAACUAGAAAUCCAACCCUGUUCUUCCAAGACCUCCCUCUCGAUGAGGAAUUUGAAAAUUACCUAUAUAAAAAUGAAGUUGACCCUACUGUGUUACAAUUCGAUCAAGUUGAUGAUUUAACCAUUGAUGACACAGACGACGAUAGUGUAGAUGAUUUCCAAGUCGGCGAGCUGGAUGGAUUGGACGAGGAAUUAUAUAAAAGAAUGUCGUCAAUCAUGAAACUACAAAGAAUAAACAAGCGCUGA